AUUUACUUAAUAGACCAAGACAAAGAAAACAGUUAGUAUUAAAAAGUUAUUGUUUAGGGAUGAAAAAUAGUGCUUUAGAAGCCUCUCCUAUAGAAGAUGUUGUGAAAGACAAUCGAUGGAUGAGCUUGCAUAGUUAUCAUAUUAAAGAUUGUCAAGUUAUCAAACCAGAUGUUUUAUUUAUUGGAGAUUCUAUUGUUCAUAGAUUUCAAGAUAGUCAGAUAUGGAGGGAAGAAAUAAAUCAGUACAAGAUUGUAAAUGCAGGUAUGCCUGGAGAUUGUACAGAAAAUGUAUUAUGGAGAUUAAGUAAUGGUCUAUUAGAAGCAUGCUCUCCAAAGAUUGUUUUGAUAUGGGUUGGCACAAACAAUCACAAAAAUACAAGUGAGGAGAUUGUGGAAGCUUUAGAGGCAAUUGUUUGGAAGGUAACCAGUCACAAUUGCAAAUCUGUUGUAUUGGGUAUACUACCACGUGGUGAAAAACCCAAUUUGGUUCGUGAUAAAAUUAAUGAAAUAAAUUCUGAAAUUAAAAAAAUUGUUAACUCUGUUCCUAAUGCAUUCUUCUUAAAUGUGGAUCCAGGUUUUGUUCGUGAAGAUUCUACAAUAUCUCAUGAAGAUAUGAUGGAUUUUUUACAUCCUUCAAAUAGAGGCUAUAAAAGAAUUGCCCCUUAUAUAAUAUAUUUCCUUAAAAAGCAUUUAAAAUAAAA